AAUUGCACUUGGAAAAGGUUAACAUGUAGCUUUUCGUUUCAAAGGCACUCAACCACCAACUCAGCCACCAACUCAGCCACCUACACCACAACCACCUACCCAACCACCGAGUCAAGGCAUGAACACCGAUUUCAACACUUUGGGGGCCUGGAGACAAGCAACCAAUGACAAAUUUGAUUGGACACUUCAUUCUGGAUGUACGACAUCAUCAGCAACAGGACCAUGCGCUGACCAUUCUGGAUCAGGAAAGUAUGCAUACAUCGAGACUUCCAGUCCUCGUGUAUCAGGAGACAAUGCAAGACUUACUUUUAGUGGAAAUUAUGAUGGAGACUUGUGUAUGACAUUCUACUAUCACAUGUAUGGUAGCUCGAUUGGAUCACUUAAGAUUUACGACAAUGGUGUUGUGGUGCUGAGUAAAGCAGGGGACCAUGGAAACCAAUGGAUGAAGGAACAAGUAGGCCUGAGCAGUAACAGAAAUGUGGCAAUAGAAGGUGUAAGAGGAUCAUCKUACCAGGGAGACAUUGCUAUUGACGAUAUAUCUGUCACCAAAGGACGAUGUGCCAGCACAGCUCCCCMGACCCCUCCAAAACCAUCAACCCCGCCACUACCUACACAAUCACCAGGUAAGACUAUCUUUACUCGUAAAAUCUGUGCCUAACUGGUUUGCAAUGAUAGGGACCUAUGAAUAAUUGUCCAAGGUGUUAAAAAAAGGUA